CUCUCCUCACAGGAUCCCAGCGAGUCUCGUAUUUCCCCUUCCUUUGCUCGAUAGAGGUGGGCGAACAUCUUCCAAAUUCACUGCUGCGUCUCGGGACUCAGAGAGACACAGACACUGUGUAGUUAAUUCUUAUUUGAUUUUGGAGUCCUAUCUCAUAUCGCGAUGGCUCAGCCUCUGCUGAAGAAGGACGAUGAUCGCGACGAAGAAGCUGAAUACUCUCCAUUUUUGGGGAUUGAAAAGGGUGCUGUUCUUCAAGAAGCUAGGGUUUUCAAUGACCCUCAACUUGAUGCAAGAAGAUGCUCUCAGGUCAUUACAAAGCUUCUCUAUUUGCUGAACCAAGGAGAAACAUUCACCAAGAUAGAAGCAACAGAAGUUUUCUUUGCAGUGACCAAGCUUUUUCAGUCAAGAGAUAUUGGUUUGAGGAGAAUGGUCUAUUUGAUGAUAAAGGAGCUUUCUCCAUGUGCUGAUGAGGUUAUUAUUGUGACAAGCUCCCUGAUGAAGGACAUGAAUAGCAAGACUGAUAUGUAUCGGGCAAAUGCUAUUCGUGUGCUUUGUCGAAUAACUGAUGGAACCCUUCUCACUCAAAUCGAGCGAUACUUGAAGCAGGCUAUUGUUGAUAAGAAUCCUGUUGUUGCUAGUGCUGCCUUAGUCAGUGGGAUCCAUUUACUCCAGACAAACCCUGAGAUUGUCAAAAGGUGGAGCAAUGAAGUUCAGGAAGCUGUACAGUCAAGGGCUGCCCUUGUACAAUUUCAUGCCCUAGCCUUGCUGCAUCAGAUACGACAAAAUGAUCGAUUAGCUGUAAGCAAGUUAGUUACCAGUUUGACAAGGGGAACUGUUCGCUCACCUUUAGCUCAAUGUCUUUUGAUACGUUAUACCAGUCAGGUGAUCCGUGAGUCAGCCCCAAAUACACAAACAGGCGAUCGCCCCUUUUAUGAUUAUCUUGAUGGUUGUUUGCGCCAUAAGGCAGAGAUGGUGAUUUUUGAGGCUGCAAGAGCAAUUACUGAUCUCAGUGAUGUGACAAGCCGUGAGUUGACUCCAGCUAUUACAGUUCUCCAGCUCUUUUUAAGUUCUUCCAAGCCAGUACUGAGAUUUGCAGCUGUCCGUACUUUGAACAAGGUGGCUAUGACUCAUCCAAUGGCUGUCACCAACUGCAACAUAGAUAUGGAGAGUCUGAUAUCCGACCAAAAUAGAAGCAUUGCCACUCUUGCAAUCACCACACUUCUGAAGACCGGAAAUGAAUCAAGUGUCGAGCGCCUGAUGAAGCAGAUAACAAAUUUCAUGUCUGAUAUUGCAGAUGAGUUUAAAAUUGUUGUUGUGGAGGCCAUUAGAUCAUUAUGUUUAAAGUUCCCUCUGAAGUACAGAUCUCUGAUGAACUUCCUAAGUAACAUUCUGAGGGAAGAAGGUGGUUUUGAUUACAAGAAGGCGAUCGUGGAUUCCAUUGUGAUUUUAAUAAGAGAUAUCCCAGAAGCCAAAGAAAGUGGGUUGCUUCAUUUGUGCGAGUUUAUUGAAGAUUGUGAAUUCACCUAUCUUUCCACUCAGAUACUUCAUUUUCUAGGCAUUGAAGGGCCAAAAACCUUAGAUCCUAGCAAAUAUAUACGAUAUAUCUAUAACCGUGUGCAUCUUGAGAAUGCGACUGUUCGUGCCUGUGCCGUAAGCACAUUGGCCAAGUUUGGAGCUGCUGUUGAUACUUUAAAGCCUCGUAUAUUUGUUUUGUUGAGACGAUGCCUCUAUGACAGUGAUGACGAGGUUCGUGAUAGAGCGACACUUUAUCUCGAUACACUUGGCGGUGAUGGUUCAGUUGUAGAAACUGACAAAGAUGUAAAAGAUUUUCUAUUUGGGUCAUUGGAUGUCCCACUUCUCAACCUCGAAACAACUUUGAAAAAUUAUGAACCGUCUGAAGAACCAUUUGAUAUAGCUUCUGUUCCAAAAGAGGUUAAGUCGCAGCCACUUGCUGAGAAGAAAGCCCCAGGCAAAAAACCUAUUGGUCUUGGUGCUCCAUCUACUGGCCCUGUCUCUACAGUUGAUGCUUAUGAAAAGCUUCUGUCCUCAAUUCCAGAAUUUGCAGACUUUGGGAAGCUUUUCAAGUCCUCCGCCUCUGUGGAGCUCACUGAAGCAGAAACUGAAUAUGCUGUUAAUGUAGUUAAGCACAUCUUCGAUAAGCAUGUAGUGUUCCAGUACAACUGCACCAACACAAUCCCAGAGCAAUUACUGGAAAAUGUCACUGUUAUUGUUGAUGCUUCCGAAGCUGAGGAGUUCCUGGACGUAGCAACCAAGCCUCUGAGGUCUCUUCCUUAUGAUUCUCCUGGACAGACUUUCGUGGCAUUUGAGAAGCCAGAGGGAGUACCUACUGUUGGGAAAUUUUCAAAUAUGCUGAGAUUCAUUGUAAAGGAGGUUGAUCCAACUACUGGUGAGGCAGAGGAAGAUGGCGUGGAAGAUGAAUACCAGUUGGAAGACCUUGAGGUUGUUGCAGCAGAUUAUAUGAUUAAAGUGGGAGUAUCCAAUUUCAGGAAUGCGUGGGAAAGCAUGGGCCCAGAUUUUGAGCGCACAGAUGAAUAUGGGCUUGGUCCCAGGGAGAGCUUGGCUGAAGCUGUGAAUGCGGUCAUCAACCUUCUAGGCAUGCAGCCUUGUGAGGGCACAGAGGCAGUCCCUCCAAAUUCUAGGUCGCACACAUGUCUAUUGUCUGGUUUAUACAUAGGCAGUGUGAAGGUUCUUGUGCGUUUACAAUUUGGAAUUGAUGGCCAAAAGGAGGUUGCUAUGAAAUUGGUUGUUAGAUCCGAAGACGAAACUGUCAGUGAUGCCAUACAUGAGAUUGUUGCAAGCGGCUAGUUGGUCAAUAUAGUUAAAUUUUUUAUUUACCCCCAUAUUUUGGGUUGUUCCUUUUUCGUGGAUGAGAAUGCAGGGGAUUUAUUUGCACCAGGAACUUGUUGCAGAAAGGAGUUAAAGCCCCUUGACCGGAAUCGAGGACUCAUUUACAGUCAUUUGAGCUUCUCGAUAAUAUGUUAUCACAUCAAGGUUCAUAGGAGCAGGUUUUUGCUUUUGUGUUUUUCUUUUUUCCGCCUGUUUCCAUUUCCUAACAACUGUAUAAGAACUUAAAUUUGAAGUAGAGGAGCAUGAAUCUUUUGUUGAAUAUAGGAGAUCAACCUUCUUGGAAUAGUGCUUCAAUGAUUUGCCCGAACUCAAGUGGAAGAAGGCAGGGGAUUGAUCUCCUUAAACGAACUCCUUAAAUGUAUUCAAGUAAUUGCAUUU